CACAACUCCUUCUUCCAGGUUUAACGCUCCCCAACAUGGCUGCUGCGGAACAGUAAAUGGUCAGAAGUACAUUUGUAUUCGAGAGAAAAGCACAAUUUAAAAAGAAAUCAACAACGACCUUAAAAUUACAAAAGACCUCCACAUGAAUGUCAUAAAGAGGAUCCCUGUGCUGCACCUGAGCGACAGUUAAUCCUCCAAGCAAAAACCCCAUAUCCCACAGUUCCCUGCUUCUCUCGGCUGGUCCCUGCAGGUGUGGGCGUGCCUCCUCCUGUCACACUGGCAGAGGAGGCGGGGCAGGAGGUGUUGCCAGGUGGGGGACCGAGGCUGCACCCGCCUGCCUUCUCUAUCUUUCUCCGUCCAAAUCCGACCCACUUGAUCCGGAGCUCCCGCAGGAAGGCUGAGAGCGAUCCGGAAGGGAGCCUCGAGCGCGCGGCGUCCGGAUUUGGACCCCUGCAGAGCUGCACUGACAGGGCUCUGCCAGGUGGUGUCGGCUGGUUGAGGAGCAGAGCAUGUUGAGUGGUUGUGGUUGCCAUGGAGCUGCAGGAUAAGAAGCAGGAAGAGGGAACUGUGACUCUGGGCCUGUCCACUGGCCAGGCUCUAGUGAAGCUCCGGGACCAGCUCAACAGCCUGCUGGAGCAGCACCAGAGGACUACACACAGACGAGCCUCUGCACAGGAACAGUGGGUGAAUAGCUUUCUUUACCAUGGCAACCGUCACUCCUGUCUCCAUUGGCCAGGAGCUGCCCUCACUCUACUGGUGGUGCUGGGACUUUUCUGUUGUUAUGGCAGCCAGCCAAAGGGCAGUUCUGGUAUAGAGCUGAUGAACGCCGCAGCCCUCCUUCUCCUCUUCCUGCUGAACCUGCUGCUGGUCGGACGUCAGGAGAGGCUGAAGAGGAGUGAGAUGGUCCGCCGCCUCAAGGGCAUCAUCACGCAGCUCAGUGACUAUCUGUCAGGGUGUGUGGGGGAAGUGCGGUGGUCUCCAUCCCUGUACCCUGAUCUGUACACACCCACGUCUCCUUCGUGGUCCCUCCACUGGACCUACCGCGACUCCCAGUUGGUUAACCUGCCCGUCAGUCUGCUGGUGGAAGGAGACAUCAUCGCUCUGAGACCUGGCCAAGAGGCGUUUGCAUCCCUUAGAGGCAUUAAGGAUGACGAGCACAUUGUGUUGGAGCCAGGAGAUUUAUUCCCCCCACUCUCCCCUCCCCCUUCCCCACGAGCCAAUGAGAAGAGAGGACCCCAGAGCCCCCAGCAACAUCGUCUCUUCAGAGUGGUCCGGACCCCAGUGCUGGACAUAGUCAGGAACAGUUUGGAGAUGGCGUUGGCUCGACCAAUCACGGUGCUCGAUAACGAGAGGUUUACGGUGCAGUCAGUUAUCACCAAGCUAGUCUGUCCUGUCGUGCUGGUGGCCUUCCUGCUAGUAAACACUAUUCGCUAUUUUUGUGACGCACCCAGCCUCACCCCCGCCUGCUACAACUUCUUUCAGCUUCAGUUAAUGGGUGUUCUACCCAUCUUGCCCUUGCUCUUCCCCGUCAUGUGGGUGCUGUUGAAUGCCUUUGGAGAGGCAAGGGUCCUCGCUGAGUUCAGCCGCGCAUCACCAGCUGGUCUGCUUGCUAAGUUCUCUGAGGACACUCUAAGCAGCUACACCGAAGUGGUUUCCUCCCAGUCAACACGUCUUGACCGAGCACCUCUGGAUGAGAUGCUGCGUUGUGUGUGGAGACACCUGGUUGGCGUCCUGAAGGGAGAGUCUCAGACACUCUGUUAUACCUCCAGCCUUUUACACACUUUGGGAUCUGUCACUGUGCUGUGUUGUGUGGACAAGCAGGGUAUCCUUUCGUGGCCUAACCCCAGUCCAGAGACUGUGCUGUUCUUCAGUGGACGGGUGGAGCCACCUCACAACAGCCAGGAUGAUCUCAGAGACGACCUGUCUGUCAACUCCUACUGCCGAAUGGAGACGGAUGAUGACAGGGAUGAGGCCCAGGAGGCAGAAGCUCUGCUCAGUCUACCAGCGGAGACUUCCACCCAGCCUGGGGAGGGGCCCGAACCCAGUGAGACGUCCCACGACACUGCUCGCUCAUCUGACAAUCUCCGGCUUUUGCGCUCCUGCAAGCCCGCGCACACUCGCACCAAACACCACUCUGGAUCCAACGUGAGCUUCAGCCAUGACACUGAGGGAGGGGAGGACGACCAGGCACAGGACUUUGCGAUGGGCUGCCCAGAGGCAGAGGCCGAUGACUUUGUGUGUGACUACCACCUGGAGAUGCUGAGCCUGUCACAGGACCAGCAGAACCCAGCCAGCAUCCAGUUCGACGACCUCUCCUGGCAGUGCCACCUGCCCUCCCUCAAGCCCCUGGGCCUCAACAUCAUGCUGAACCUUUGCAACGUCAGCGUCACCCAGCAGCUCUGCCGCUUCUCCGACCACCUGUCCAACCUGGCUCUGCAGGAGAGUCACGGCACAGUGCUGCCUGUCUACGUCCCCUGGGGGCUCUGUGAGCUCUCCAGGCUCAUAGGGUUCACUCCGGGUGCGAGGGAGCUCUUUAAACAGGAGAACCACUUGGCUCUGUACCAGCUACCAUCUGGAGAGAAGACCAAGGAGUUCUCUUCCCGUCGCCUUCAUUACUUCAUCAAACGCCAGCCUCCCAUCUCCCACCUCAUCUCCCUGUUCGUACGAGACUCUUCCUCCAAUAACGUCCAGAUGCUGUCACAUGGCUCGGCCGACCUUAUCCUGGAGGCCUGCACUGACUUCUGGGAUGGAACUGAUAUCUAUCCUCUCUCAGGCUCAGACAGAAAGAAGGUUCUGGAUUUCUACCAGCGUGCCUGUCUGUCAGGUUACUGCUCAGCGUUUGCCUAUAAACCCAUGCAAGUAUCACUGUCCAACCAACUGAAUGGGAAGUGCGUGGAGCUGGCCCCUGGUCCCUGCCUCUUCUCCGGAGUGGAGCUGCCCUCCACCACCCCCAUCAAGCACAACUCCUGCAGGAACAGCUGGAGCUCUGAUGAGGGUAUAGGUGAGGGUGUGGAGCGUGAGGACUGUGUUCAGGCCCUCAGUGGGCAGAUCUUCAUGGGCAUGGUAUCGUCCCAGUUCCAGGCGAGACUGGACACAGUUCGGCUCAUCGAUGCACUGGUCACCGCUUGUAUCCGGUUUGUUUACUUUUCCAUGGAGGAUGAGCUCCGCAGCAAGGUUUUUGCAGAGAAGAUGGGUUUAGAGACAGGCUGGAACUGUCACAUCUCUUUGACUCCAAACGGAGAAAGUCCUUGUGAUGGAGCUCCAUCCAGCCCCGGUCACGGCUCCCUGCAUGAGGACCUAAACCAAGACUCUCGGGAUGAAGCAGAAGGUCCACUGCUGCCAGAGGAGGAAGCCCACUCCGACCUGGCCAGUUUCCAGCCCACAGACAGCGAUGUGCCCAGCUUUCUGGAGGACUGUAACAGGGCCAAGCUACCUCGUGGGAUCCACCAGGUUCGUCCUCAUCUGAAGAACAUUGAUAAUGUGCCUCUUUUGGUGCCACUCUUCACUGACUGCACCCCUGACACCAUGUGUGAGAUGAUGAAGAUCAUGCAGGAGAACAGGGAGGUUACAUGCUGUCUGGGAAGCUCUGCCAAUUUCCGCAACAGCCGCCUGUUUCUACAGAGUGACGUCAGCAUUGCUCUGGACCCUCUGUAUCCGUCUCAGUGCUUGUGGGAGACGUUCGGCUACGCCACCGGAGGAGGAUUUAACGGAGACGUCGAAGGGCUGUCCCCUCUGAGGCUCUCUGGACAGCUCAACAGUCUGGGCUGUUCCGUCACCUUCCACCAAGGAGAGAGUGUCAGCAUGGUCAAGCUCAUAGAGCAGGCACGACACACAACCUACGGCAUCCGCAAGUGCUUCCUUUUCCUGCUGCAGUGUCAGCUCAGUCUAGUCAUGCUCCAGUUCUUAGCCUGCCUAGCUCAGCUUCCUCCUCCCAUGAACACCACUGACAUCCUCUGGCUGUCCUGCUUCAGCUGCCCGCUGCUAAGUGUGUCACUUUUGGGGAAGCCACCAGACAGUUCAGUCAUGACAGUUGCCACAGGGAAGAACCUAGAUGCAAUCCCAAGGAAGACCCAGAACUACUUCCUUGGCUGUUUCCUGUUGAAGUUUGGCCUGACAGUGUGUGCCUACCUGUUGGCCUUUGGCUUCACCCUGCAGAAGGUCUGCCUCAGAAGCAGCAACCUAACCUUAGCUGACAAUACCUCCUGUCUUCAUAUACUCACAGCCAGCUCUGCAGAGAACGCUCCUCACUGGUUCGGUGAGCUGUCAAACUGCCUGCUUCUGACUCAGAAGGUCAUGGCAGGAUUCCUCGCCUUACACACAGUGGUGAUCUCCCUCAGCUAUGUCCACCGCUCUCAGCCUCUGUGGAGAAAGAGUCCCUUUAGCAAUACCUGGUGGUGUCUCACUGUACCUGUGGUUCUGCUCAGCCAGAUUGUUCAGGCCACGGUGGAUUACCAGCUAUGGCGCCACCAGGGCAGCCUCCUGACCUUUAACCUGGACGAUAUACCCCUGUUAGCCUGGCUGCUGGUCUCUCUGUCCCCGCUGCUGGUGGUGGUGGUAAACGAAGUGGUGAAGCUUCAUGAGAUACGGGUGCGAGUUCGCUACCAGAAGAGACAGAAGCUGCAGUUUGAAACCAAGCUGGGAAUGAACUCUCCAUUCUGAUGCGUUCCAUCUUGAGAGGUUUUUGUCGUGGCAAUACUGAGAACCAGUCAGUCAGUUCUGGAAACCAGGGAAGGACAGGGUGUAAACACUGCAGAACCCUCUGUUAACACUUCAGCCCAGCAGCACUGCAAGCAUCAGGUGGCGCAACCAAAUGUCACAGUGGUAUGAACGGUUGAUAUUCUGUCAGUUAACUGAAGGGCAGGACAAGGAAAAUUCCAAAGCAUUCAUUUCCACUGAACAGAAAACAAAAAACUAUUUAUUGUCUGGUUUUAGUUUUAAAGGCAUGAGGAAUGUUUUCAGAUGAGGUUUAUGCUUCCUCACUAUCACUUUUGUUCUCCAUCUCCGAGAGACUUGUGAACGGUUCUCCAGGUCCCAAACAAUCCACCAGAAGCUGCUUCACUUUCAAAGGAUGUUAAUGUGAAGUUCAUAUUAAUGUUAUCCAAUGAGACACACUGAAUUGUGUCAUAUCAUUACACCAGUCCAGCCUUCAUUCAAUUUAACAUAAUAAAUGUGUCUUUGAUAAAAGGAAAAACACACAGAAUAGAAAGGUAGUCUGUAACUAUGGAGCCCCAAGUGUUCAAUAUUAAAUAAUUAAGUAGUUAUGAAAUAGAUAAUCACAUGAAAGAACUGUAAAAAUAAUUUAAGAAAUUAAGUUAAAUAAGCCCCCUGCGUCUUAAGCUAGCAAGCUCAACAACUGUUGCUAUCAGAUUUAGCCAGUUAGCUCCUGUUAGCAAGAGCAGAUUAUUCUGAACCAUCUAUCUAGCUGCUGCUGUGAAUAAACACAUCUCCUUUUAUUUAUUUAGCUUAACAAGGCUGCUCAUGUUAUCUACCUAGCUGGCUAACUAGCUAGGUGGGGUUGUGAGCUUGGUUUAUACAGCAGCUAAUGUUAGCUAGUUAACUCAGAGUUACCUCGGCUGUGUUUUGAAUCUAAAGAUGUUACUCAGAGAAAGACAAACAGUCACUCAGCUAACACUGGCUUUCCACUUUGAUGCUGACUAGUAAGCUGACAAGCCAGCCGAGCUAGUUAGCCAGCAAGGUAGGUAGCAUUAGCAGCUUUAUCAAGGCUUCAAAGCUAAAGAGGUUUAGUUACUGUCUGUGUUUAUUUACAACAGCUUCCACUUGGUUAACUCAGAGUUACUUUGAUAUUGUUGAUCUUGCUAACAGGAGCUAACUGGCUAAAUUUGUCAACAGUUGUUGUUUGUUAGCUUAAAAGAGGCAAGGUAUACGUGAACUGUGACCACUGUUAUAAAAGGUGACAUCAUUAAAGACAACUUGACAUUAAAUAAAAAUAUUUUAAAUUUGAACUAAUUAAUGUAAAUUUUUAUAUAGGUUUGGGUAUAUAUAUAUUUUAAAUUAAAUAAGUGUUUUUUUUAUGUGUUUAAUGUUGGGCACUUUGGGCCACCAUAUGUAACAAUGUGUUUGGUCUUUGCUUGACCUCUACAGAACAGGGUGGAACACUACCUCUGAAAAAAUGUGACAAAGAAGCUUCUGUACGCUUUCUUUCUGAACCAUUCUGUAGUUCAGCCAUUGAGCCACAUUUUAAUCUUCACUGUGGUAGACGAUGUUCUCUAAUAUUUUAUUGUAUUUAGCAACAAAUGUUCUUUGUUAAUUUCUGAGCUAAGCCGAGGUCAGACCUGCUGUAACACAAUAAGGAAUGAAGAUUAAGGGUUGAAUUGGAUCCAUCACGUUUUAUACACAUGUAUCUACAUUUAGAUACACACUGUAUACACAUUUAUCUAACUGAAGAAUGUGGCCGUGCAGUGAUUUUAGUGAGUCCCUCCCUAAGAGAUGGAUUUAAUGAAUUAUAUAAUGAUGUUUAUAAUAUUCUGGUAUGCUGAUGUACCAGAGUCUUCUGAAAGGUGCUUCAUAUCAUUCAGUUGCCUUCCUCCUCAGCCUGUCUGUCCUCUUUUAGCUCUGAAACACCUCGACAGACAGGAGCUCAGGAUAUUGCUUAGUUUUAAACUAUAAAGAAUGAAGAAUAAAGUAGAUUUUGUCUGCAAUACAAUUACCCCAGAUUUCAUAUUUGAUCUGCUGACCAGCAUAUCCCAGAGAUCAUCUACAAGCGUCCCCAUUAAACCACUGCGUUCUGGGCUUUUAAUUCCUACUGUUAAUGUGCAGCAUCAGCAGCAGACGCCUGUAUCACUGAUGGUCUUUUUCAAUCAGACCAGCCUUCUGUGUGGUGCUGUCAUUAUUUCAGAUGGAUGUGAUUUUAAUAUUGAUACUUAAUACAAGUGGGAUGAUGGUGACUGGUAACUCACUUCAAAGCUAAAUACUGGCUUUUAUGUAUUUUUAUAUACAAAUAUGAAUCAUGGAAAGUCAUUCUUGUCAGUGCUGGUUUAACAAAAAUGAGCUCCAAGUGAUCAGUUUCUCAAUUUAUUUUCCAGAAAAUAUAUCCCUAUAUAUAUAUAUAUAUAUAUAUA